CGCCCUUUCCGGCCGACGGGAGGCGGUGGCACUGCCGGGACCGGGGCCGCCACUGGACGCUGACGGUCUCUGUACCCCUUUAGGGGCGGCUGCGGCUCCUCCCCCGGAGCCCACCGGGUCCGGCCCCGCCGAGGGCCGCCGCCGAGGGCAGACCUCGGUCCCGGGGGCGCUGGAUGUAUCGGGCUGUGGCCGUCCCGGGGGAGCCGUGGCCGCGCUGUGCUGCCAGCGAUGAUUCCCCGCUGACAGGUACGGCCCUGGCCGUCUCCCGCUCUCCAACCACCCCGUGCAUCCUGGCCCUGCCCGGUUACCCUGAGCUCUGCAGCUGCCCUCUCCCUGGGAAGGGCUGUGUUCUCUGGGAAGUGCUGUAUCCCUUGGGAAGGGCUGUGUCCCCUGAGGGUUCCCGGUGCUUGGCCCAGCAAAGCAGGCUGAGCGGCACCGACUGCAGCUGGGGAUGGUUCCUCUGUUACCUGUGGUGAGGCUCAGGUAGGAGCUGGGCAUGGGGGCUGCACCAGGGCCAGCACCUCCGCGCUGCCCUCCGUAGCCCAACAACAGCCGGUGGCUACCUUGGCGGGCCACCAUGAACCAGCCCACACGUGUGCCCCGGCCCCGACGGCUUCUGGGCUGCUUCAGACGGAGGCCACAGGCCGUCGGGGAGGAGACACCACCAGAACCAGAUCCAGGGCCAGAGGAACCCAAGGAGACACGUGUGGUACUGCCCCUGAGUGAGGGCCAGGCGCUGGAGGAGUGUCCCCUGUGCCUGCUGCCCCAGCCCCCCGAGGCCUUUCCCAGCCUGGCCUCCUGCUCGCACCGCUCGUGCUGGGCCUGCCUGGAGCAGUACUUGUGCCUGGCCGUCAGCGAGAGCCGCGUGCCUGUGUCCUGCCCUCACUGCCCCGCCACGCUGCAGCCCUCCGACGUCCACCGGCUAUUGCCCGAGCCCGCUCUCCGGGACAAGUAUGAAGAGUUCCUGCUGCGGCGGCUGCUGGUGGCUGAUCCUGGCACCCGCUGGUGCCCUGCUCCCGACUGCAGCUACGCUGUCUUUGCCCAUGGCUGUGCCGAAUGUCCUCGCCUCACCUGCGGGCGUGAGGGCUGUGGCACCGAGUUCUGCUACCACUGCCGGCAGCCCUGGCACCCCGACGGCCCCUGUGCAGCGGUGCCACCUGCCCCCAGCCUGGCCACCCCCACAGCACAGCUGGCCCAGCCGGAGGAGUCGGCCCAUGCUGAGGCCGAGGACAUCAAGGUCUGUCCUCGCUGUAGCGCCUUCAUCAUGAAGAUCAACGAUGGGAGCUGCAACCGAAUGAACUGCACGGUCUGUGGGUGCCUCUUCUGUUGGCUCUGCCUGCAGGAGAUCUCUGACGUGCACUUUCUGAGCCCCUCUGGCUGCACCUUCUGGGGGAAGAGGCCGUGGUCACGGACCCGGAGGAUCCUAUGGCAGCUGGGCAUGGUUCUGGGAGCGCCCAUGGUCAUCUCCCUUGCUGCGGGUGUUGCUGUCCCUGUCAUUACCAUUGGGAUCCCCAUCUACAUGGGUAGGAAGGUGCUGGGCCAGAGCCGGCGAAGCAGCCUCUCCGGGUGCCAGCAGUGCCUCUCUGUCACCAGCAGUGUCCUCCUCUCUCUCUUUGUGUCUCCUAUCAUAACAGCUCUCACUGUGGGUGUCGGUGUGCCCCUGGUGCUCACCUACGUGUAUGGGACCGUGGUGCUGUCGCUGUGCCGGAGCCGCUGGGGCUGCGGGGGCAGCCGCACGCCUGGAGACCUCGGCGUGGUGGAGCUGGACAACCUGGCCAAACUGAACGAGCUGUGGUCAGUGCUGCCCAGCCCCAGACCGGGUGAGGACGGAGCUCCAGACCCCGCUGCCUCCCUCCCCAGCAGCAGCCGCAGUCCGCGCCCGGGGCCGGUGUGGGACAGCCAGUCAGCCAGCACAGUGGCGCUUGCGGGGAGCAUGCUGAGUGAGGGCCAGGACACCUCUGACAGGGAAGGUGUUACCAUCGAGGUGGAGGUGUCGGUUGAAGCGGUGCCACGUUCUGCCCGGCAGCAGAGCCUCAGCAGUGCCCUGUCUGGGCAGAGCCUCUCUGGGGACUCCCUGGGAGCCACCAGUGACAGGGGCAGCUCCGUGGGUGUCCCUGUGGAGUGAUGGGGGCCUGAGGAGGAGAGUCUUGAUCCACACAGAGGCCCUAUGUCCUCCUGUGACAGAGCCAGUCCCCCUCUGAGGCCCCUGAGCACGCCCAGCCCUGGGAGCUGGGUCUUGGGUGGGUGCCAACUGCAGCCAGCAGCGCCGCACCUUGCACUAGCCCUGUCCAUCCCUUUCCCAGAGGCACCACUAGGAAAUAAAGCUGCUUUCUGAGGGUC